AUGGCGCCACGGCGCACCGCGAAGGAGGAGGAGACGGAGUUGCUGACCAAGGAGGAGAGAUCCGCGCGCAACUCAGAAGACAGCUCCGAAGCAUCCAUAUCCUCGAUUUCGACCACAUCGCUCGUUCUCGAACAUAUCAACGAUCCAGCCAUCAAUCGCGCAUUGCAUUCGAGUCGUGGGGAGAAGUACACAGACGAUGACGACUACGCAGGCCAGGCGCGCGAGCCGUUCGACGUCGAGGACGGGCGAUACCAGGCACCCCUUUCUGUAGACAAGAAGGCAAGAAGGUGGCUAUGGAUUGUAGGCACAGCCUGUGUAGCAGGGUGGGCGCUUGCGCUGGUCUUCUUCUUGAUGAGCGGCAGUUACAAGCAUACUUCGUCCCGGCCACACGACCCUCUCGCUACUUCUACCAAGGGCUCGGGGAAGAAGAUCACAAUGGACGACGUUUUUGGGGGCCGCUUCUAUCCCCAGCAACAGAGCGUCGCAUGGAUAUCAGGACCAAAGGGCGAGGAUGGCUUGUUGCUUGAGAAGGGUUCGGCGAACGAGGAAUACCUGGUUGUUGAAGACAUCAGGACCAAGGGCGAGGCGAAGUCUUCUGCGAGCAAGACCACGCUCAUGAAGAAGAACACAUUUGAGGUGGAUGGUACAUACGUCUAUCCCAGCGAUGUUUGGCCAAGUAAGGACUUUAAGAAGGUGCUUGUCAUGUCGGAUUACCAGAAGAACUGGCGGCACUCCGGUAUUGCGAAAUACUGGAUCUUUGACGUUGAGACACAGACUGGCGAGCCUCUUGAUCCGGAACAACCAGGGAGCAUGAUACAGCUAGCUUCCAUAUCCCCACAGUCGGAUGCGAUUGUCUUUACGAGGGACAACAACAUGUUCCUCCGCAAGCUGAACUCCAAGGAAGUCAUUCAAAUUACAAAAGACGGCGGCUCUGAGCUAUUUUAUGGUGUGCCUGACUGGGUAUACGAGGAGGAGGUCUUCCAAGGAAACAGCGCGACAUGGUGGUCCGAGGAUGGCCAGUACAUCGCUUUCCUACGCACAGACGAGUCCACCGUCCCGACGUACCCCGUCCAAUAUUUCGUCUCACGGCCAAGUGGAGAGAAACCCAAGGCUGGCGAGGAGAACUACCCCGAGGUUCGCGACAUCAAGUACCCCAAGGCUGGUGCGCCCAACCCUAUCGUCUCGUUGCAAUUCUACGACGUUGAAAAGGGCGAAGUAUUCAGUGUCAAGAUAGAAGACGAUUUCAGCGACAACAACCGUCUGAUCACCGAGAUCGUCUGGGCUGGUAAGACGAAGCAAGUGCUUGUUCGCGAGACCAAUCGCGAGAGCGACAUCUUGAAGCUUGUCUUGAUGGACGUUGAAAACCGCACUGGCAAGACAGUAAGAACCGAGAACGUCGCAGAGCUGGACGGAGGCUGGUUUGAGGUCUCACAGAAAACGACAUUCGUGCCAGCUGAUCCUGAUAACGGCCGCAAGGACGAUGGCUACAUCGACACAAUCAUUCACAAAGGUUACGACCACAUUGGCUACUUCUCGCCCUUGGAUAGCGAUAAGCCUGUGUUGCUUACACAGGGCGAGUGGGAGGUUGUUGAUGCACCUUCCCGUGUAGACUUGAAGAACAACCUUGUGUACUAUCUCUCAACUGAGAAGAGUUCUAUGGAGCGACACGCUUACUCUGUGUAUUUGAACGGCACUGGAAAGAGUGAAGUUUUGAAGGAUGGAGGCUCAGGAUACUAUGGAGCAUCCUUCUCAGCUGGUGGCUCUUAUGCUUUGAUCAGCUACAAUGGCCCUGGCAUCCCGUGGCAAAAGAUCAUCAGCACGCCAUCGAACAAGGACAAGUACGAGAAAGUCAUUGAGGAAAACAAGUCCCUUGAUCGCUUCAUACGCUCACUUGAAAUGCCUAUUCUCAACUAUCAGACGAUCAACGUGGACGGAUUCGAGCUGAACGUGCUCGAGCGUCGUCCACCGCACUUCAACCCUAAGAAGAAAUACCCUGUCCUUUUUUACCAAUACAGCGGACCUGGCUCACAAGAGGUCGACAAGAAGUUCAAGGUCGACUUCCAGUCUUACAUUGCCGCCAGUCUCGGAUACAUCGUGGUGACAGUGGAUGGACGAGGUACAGGCUUCCUUGGUCGCAAGCUCCGAUGCAUCACGAGAGGCAACAUUGGGUACUAUGAGGCACAUGACCAGAUCGCUGCAGCCAAGAUCUGGGCUAGCAAGAAAUACGUUGAUGCCGAUCGACUGGCGAUUUGGGGCUGGAGUUACGGAGGUUUCAACACCCUCAAGACGCUCGAGCAGGAUGGAGGAGAGACGUUCAAGUACGGAAUGGCUGUUGCUCCUGUGACCGACUGGCGAUACUACGACUCCAUCUACACAGAGCGCUACAUGCACACGCCGCAAAACAACGCCGAAGGCUACGACAACUCCACCAUCACCGAUGUCACUUCCCUGGCGAAGAACGUCCGCUUUUUGGUCAUGCACGGCGUCGCCGAUGACAACGUGCACAUGCAGAAUACGCUUACUUUGCUCGACCGGCUGGACCUUGCAGGCAUCGAGAACUACGAUGUACAUGUGUUUCCAGAUUCGGAUCAUAGCAUCUACUUCCACAACGCAAACAGAAUUGUUUAUGACAAACUCAAAUGGUGGCUUGUCAAUGCUUUUAACGGUGAAUGGUCGCGGAUUACGAAUGCAGUGCCCAAAACACAACUCGAUGCGCGGCCAAUAGAUCCCCGUCAAUACGUCCCCGCAACAGGCCAAUCCUGGACCUCGCUCUCAGCAACUCAACCCCUCCAAAAGAACACUUUCGCAACAGACAAACAAGACCCUCGUAUUCACUACAUAACCACCGCACCUUUGUCCCCCUCUGAACUUCCCCCUGGUCUCGCCGACUCCAGCACAACCCGCAAGCAACUGGGCAUCGGACAACGCGCCAUCUUACUCCAGACAUCCCGUGGAAACAUCCUUUGGGACUGCGUCGCUUUCUUGAAUCCUGAGACGAUUGAUUUCAUCCAGGAAAAAGGGGGCUUGAAGGCGAUUGUCAUUAGCCACCCGCAUUUCUAUACGACGCAUUUGGAGUGGGCGGGUGUGUUUGGGUGUCCGGUUUAUGUGAACGGGGAUGAUAAAGUAUGGUUGAAUCGUGAAGAUAAGGAUGGGGUGAGAAAGUUGGUCAAGGGGGUUGCUGAUAUUGAAGAGGUUGGAAGCGAGGCUAAGAUGGUGCAGUGUGGGGGCCAUUUCGAUGGCAGCUCGGUAUUGUGGUGGGAGAAGAAGCUCUUCAUUGCUGAUACCUUCAUGAGUUCUGGCUUCGACAACGCACAUCGCAUCCCGGAUACGACGUCUUAUUCGUUCAUGUGGGCGUAUCCUAAUAUGAUUCCACUGGCACCCAAAGCUAUCCAUGGGAUCUGGAAGGCCAUCAAGCCGUUCGAGUUUGAUAGUACGUAUGGAGGGUUUCCGGGGCAGUAUCUCAAGAGGCCAGAUUUGAAGAAGCAGGUGUUGGAGAGUAUGAAGAUUUUCUUGAGGAGGAGUGGGCAUGAGAAGGCGGAGAUUUAUGAGGAGAGUGUUUGA